CAGAGCAUACAUUAAUGCAGAGGUACCUCAACUUUCCACUUUUUGGGACAUGAACAUUUGACGACACACUGCACAAUUCUGCCACCCACCACAGGAUCGUCAAUUUUCCUAAAUUGGACCACAUAUUUGCUCAACCUUCUCAUAAAGGUUGCUCCACUUUCUCCACCUAGUUGAUCAUUUACUCACGUUCGCCCAGGAUUACGCCAUGUGUACUUUGUAGGAGGAGCGCCGGUAAGAUGGGCAAGUUUGUACAGAAUUUUGGGCCACACACAAGAGAAUAUGUAUACGGCUUAUUUCCUUAAUUUAUUUUAACACGACUGCUUCCGCUACAGCUCUGUCGUGCUGUGGAAAAAGCUGUUGGCCAACUUUCUCCCUGCGUAUUGUACGUACAUAACAGUCUCAAAAUGAAAAUCCCCAUGACUUUCUCUCCUUCUUUAGCCUUUGUUUUCCCAGCAUGCCACCCAGUUCAUUAGGAGAGCUCGACGGAUGUGAAAGCUGAUAAUCAAGUGUGCAAGUUCGCUGCUCUGUUGGAGUACAUACAAUUUAAGAUGUUUGGAGGGCUGCCAAAUUCGUGAGCUACAUACAUAUAUCUCCGAAUUUGGGCAUCAUUGAAGCCGUAGCAGCACGUGCAUUGUCCAAACUUUGCGAUUGAAUAGAUUGGCCGUCUCUCUCGUAUCGGGAGGUUGCGGGUUGUCAGUACCUUCGCUCUCGUUGCUGUGCAUGCGGUUAUGCGUGGAGUGGAGAAAGCUGCACGUUUCACUGCAGAGAAAGCAGUAGUUUUUGUACAUACGAGGAACGACAUGGAUCGUACGGCGUGUGGGUGAAAGCAUGAUUUCUUUUUUCUGUGAGAGAGAGAAUUUGCAUUCCCUCGCACGUUCACCAAAACUCCGAUCGGCAAUAAUUCCACGGGAUUCGUAGCUGCUAUCAACAACACCUAGAAACGAAAUUAGAGAGUAUGAUGCUCGACGUAUGUACAUAUCAUCAUACGCCAACACAGACUUAGAGACGGAUGGAUACCGGAGUGAGAUCCUAUUUCGGGGAUUUCUUGUUCGUGUAUGUACAUAGUGAAAGUUGUUCUCAUGUUCUUGCGUUGGUGAACACUUGUUGGUUUGUGGAAUAGAAAAAAACUUGCAAGGGUGAAAAGUGACCUUGUUUCCUGGAUAAUGGCUUGAUCAGGUAAUUUCCCAUGUGCAAUGGGGUCUGACAAGUUUAUAAUGAAAAUUAUGUGUUUUUAAAACUCUUUUUUGGAUUAAAUAAAUCAUGCUAAAUAUCAAAAAUAAUUGGAUAAAAGAAGAUUUUAUAAAGCAAUGAAUAAUUCAACAGUGUUCUCUAAUCAUAUCAAUUUUUUGUGCUGCACAUGAAAUUGAGUUAAAAUGGGUAACACGGUUAGUCGAGGGACGUUGGAUGUCAUUUACAUCCUUUUUCCAUUUGUUUUGAGUGCGGGAUUAAUUAUCAUGAUUGUAGUCUGCUGGUGGAAGUGCAAACUAUUCGUUAAUCGGAGAAGACCAGCAAAGUCUCGUCGCGAAGAUUACGCUGAAGAAUCGAAUUUUGGUCAUCUUAUAAAUAUUCAAGAGUAUGCAGAAAAUCAAGUGGGGACCACGAUUGUUUACGCAGAUUCUCCCGGAUCGGCAUGUCCUCAUCCUUACGUGUAUUUUAGUGAUGGCCGAAUCACGAGAAUUGUACCGCUUACUCCAUCCCCCACUUACAGUAAUGUUCAACAUUACGACCACUCCCACUCUUCCUGCCCCUCCUCCCUCCUCUGCAACAACUUAUCUCGCACUAGAAACAACAACAUGAGAGAAAAUCAUCCUUGCCAAAAUAAUAGUUAUCAUCAUCACAAUAAUUUUCAUGGACAGACUCAUCUCCACCUGAAUAACCUUCAGCAAACUGUUGAACAAGUGGAAUGCUCGGAAGACUCUCCGGAUCAUGACGUGCCAAACGAGGUGACCUCCACGACGAGUGCAAUCCGAAAAAAUGAGCCAGAUAGCGAAGAAAAUAUGACAACGACCACAACAAUUGAAUCUCCAACCAAUCUUGACACUUGCGAAGCAGUAGAACCUAAAACUAUUAAAACAUUGAUAGACAAUAAUCUCAACCCUUGCGGUACUAUCACUGCGGACGAGGGUGGCGAAAUCGCGUCAAAAACACUCUAAAUUCCAAACUAAUUUUAUCAUCGAACUAAAAAUUGUGAAUCUUUUACAUACUAUUUAGCUCUUUACAAACUAUACCUCAACAUAUUUAUCCGUAUAGAUAAUUUGUAUUUAAUAAGUAUAUAGCAAUUAAGUACUAUUUAAUAAAGUGGUAUUUUUUACUCAUGAUGUACCUA